AUGUAUCCGUAUAAUCACUCGAUCGACCCCAGUGCACCACCGUUCAACCCUCCUCCUCGCACUGUGCAACCCCAUCCGCUCAAUCAGAAUUUUCGUUUCCCACCCCUACCACCGGAUGUUCCUGUACGAUCAGUCUCGCAACCUCAGACUCAAUACCCCCAGGAACCGUACGGGCAUUCUCGCCGACCUUCUCAGCUGAACCCUUUGGCAUCUUCAUUCUCUUUCAGACCUUUGGAAGUCAGCACAUCGGUGAAUGAUGGCGUGAGCAGAUUAAAGCGAUAUCAUGAUGAUCCGUCAGCACUGGAUAUAGAUUAUGGUGACCCAACGGAAGAAACUUAUGAGAGGAGGGUAUCACCCAGGAAAAAAGCUUUGGCUAGAGCUAUGGAAUUUACGCCUCCAAUUCAGCCUAUCAAUUACCACUAUAAUCAGUCAUACUCGACGAAUAAUGAACCGAUACCUACGCAGACUUUGACCAAUUACGAUCCUCCACCUCAUAUGAUACCUCAACCUGCUCCAACCUUUCGACCAGCCAUGCCCACCCCUACUCCGACUUUACAUUUACAACGAGAUAGUCAACACUGCACCUCCGAUCGAGCAAUGUUAGGUAUAUCUCGCUCAGCAACUGUCUCACCUCAAUUCAAUACCCAUCCCGCACAGACCUUUCAAACACCUCCACCACCAUUGAAUCGAGCCUGGACACUGGACUCGUCUUCUCGUACUUCAUUAUCACCUCUCAACCAAUGUCAUCAGGGAUUACCACUGACCUUAUCACCUCUUCAUACGCAAAUCCAGCAAGGCAGGGUUUCACCUUCUCAUUCAGUCAUCAGCGCACCAUAUGACUCUCGAUCUGUUUCUUCCCCAAUAGAUGAUAGGAGAAUCGUAUCGCUCUCGCCCAAUUUUGGGCAACGGAGACAAGAUUCGAUAUCCCUUCCAUCGUCCGAAAGGAAAUAUAGAGGAUACAGAGCUAAGGAAGGUGGUCCGCCAAAAGCUGUAUUGGGUGGUCCGGGAGGUAAGACAUUCGAUGAAAUGCUAGCUUUGAAAACUUCCCCGAACCUAUCCCCUUCAAAAGGUCCAUCGAGCGUAGGAGAGCUGUCUACUUCAUCAAGACCAGUUAGCGGUGCGAGUAGCAAUCCUGGAUAUAGGUAUAAAGGUAAUCCGAUAACAUUCAGAUUACCUCCAUCAACCUAUUCCCCACCUGACUCGCCGCCUAAACCCCUUCCUCUUCCUGAAUCACCUGGUCUGCCUGUCGGAGAUCAAGACGAAAUGGCCGAAGGCGAAGGAAAGAUAAUGGAGGAAGAGAGAAGACCAAGGAAAGAAGCUUUCCCAUGGCCGUCAUCGCGGGUUAGAUUGUCCCCUACUGGUGUUCCCUUACCUCUCUCACCUGAUCAACCGGGUGAAGAUACACUGAGAAGACCGAGCGUAGAUUCGCCUACGGACAAGGAACAAGAGGUGAAAGAAGGGAUGUGGAAAGGAAAACCAGUGUUGGUAUCUUUUCCUGAUGAGGAUUGCUGGGAGAGAUUACGACCUCCUGCUUCGUCUGAAACAGAGGCUGAAGAGCUUGAAGAGCACGAAGGUACUGAAGCUGAAGUAUCUGUUGUAUUGGGUGACGAAAUGCCAACUUCACCGAUUGCAGAGGAUGAAGAUGGGGAAGAUACCAGAUCGGUCAACAUGGUCGAAGAUAGUGCACCGGCUCAGCAAGGAGAUAUUCCAUGGGACGAAUAUCCUGUAUCGCCUGGCAGACCUGAUGUGAAAGAGGAUGUUCAUGUCGAUGUCGAUGAUCGGCAUGUUGAAGGAGAUAGGACUUCCAAGCCAUUCAGGAUUGUUCCACAUCCUAGUCUUCCCGCUCGACCCGUCACUCGAGAUGAUCCACCUCCUCCGUCAUAUAGCUCAGAGCUUAUCAAUCCGAGCAAACGAUCUUUCUCGGAUUCACCAUUAGGAAACGCCGAUUUCCUCAAGAAGCAAUUGGGAAGAGUGCUCAAGGAUCCUGAAGAAUUGAAACCAAGGACAACAUCAAUUUCAUCCACGGGUCACGUGAGAGAUAAAUCCCAAGGCUCUUCGGUCGGAUCGUGGAAACAAUACGAUGCGAUAGGAAUCAAGGGCGAGAGUUCUGGAACUAUCGGAAUGAACACCGGUCCACCGCCUUCACAGAAAGGGAAAUCGAAGAUAAGAGCUUGGAGUGAUCAUGCAAAUGAAGCUGAGGAUGAGGUCUCUGGGGAGGAAGAUGAGAAGAUGUCAAUCUCUAGUCCUGCUCGGAUGGUGAAUCCUGCGGUGUUUAUUGAGCAAUUCGACCAACAACCCUCAAAAUCGGAACGAAAUGGAUCAAGUGAGAAUGAUGCUGUAAUCUUCAAGGAGUCGAAGUCGAAAACAGAAACUGAUUCCUCUCCCAAAUCAGGAUCCAGGAUGAGAGCAUGGAUUGAUGAUGAGCCAAAUAUGUUAUGGGAGGAGGAAGACCAACUGGAGCCAGAAUCCAUGUCUAGUCCUGCGAGGUUCGAACAACCUUUCAGGGGGUUUGUGGAGGAAGGACAUCUUCCGCAAAACCCCAUUACCCAAGAGCAGAUUGAUGAUGUUGAUAUUGCACCGAAAACAGGAUCGAAGAUGAGAGCUUGGAGUGACGAUGGUGUUGAGUCGAUGUCGACAAAGACAGAUCGGGAAAUUCGAGAACCAGUAUCGAGUCCAGCGAGAUUAGAACCAUUGGCCUCUGCGUCUCACAGUGGUGCUGUAAAGAGUGAUGAUUUCGAUGGUGAUCAGCCAGAAGAGUAUACUGCCGAUUCUAUCUAUCCUGGAUCAAGCUCUCGUUUAAAUACAUGUACACCUUCACCCGAACCAUCGAAGAUGCGAGCAUGGGGCUUAGAAGAAGAUACCAAUGUGGUGGAAGCAUUGUCUGCACCAUCCAGGAUACCCGACAAUGCGCAUGCCCAUAAGAAAAGUGCUUCCGAUGAGGUUGACAGAUGGCAGAAUGAUAAGUUCGAUACUUCCGAGGAGUUCGAGGAUGUGCCGCUUACUGCUACAGAAACUUCCAAGAUACGUCCUUGGGAGGAAAGUACGCUGAAGCCUGUGGAAGAGGUUGAUGAGAUAAGAACUAACAGACUGGAGAAAAGAGGUAGGGAUGAAGAUGGGGAGGAAGAUGAUUUACCUCAAGGUGAAUCCAAGAUGCGUGCUUGGUCUCAGGAGAUUCCUGUAUCGACUAUACGGGAUCCAAAUCCUUUCAAAUGGUCUAAGAACGGUGAUGAGGUGCAAAAGCAACCAUCGGAUUUCGCAAUCACCCUGGACAAGCGGCCGUCCGAGUCAGAGCAACUCAGACAGAAAGCUUUGAAGGCGAAGGAGACCUCAGCGUCUGAAGCCGCAAGUCUGGCGAAACUGAAAGUCCUGCUUGCACAAGUCCAAAACACGAAAGGUUCGAAGAAGAAAGGGGCAAAAAGUAUAGACGCAGUCACUCCAAGCGAUACCGUCAUGGCUGUCGAUCCCGUCAACAUGAUCCACGAAGGAUCGGGGGUCUCUUCUGCCAACAAACGAUCAUCUUCCACUGGAGAAAACGUUGACAACAACAUCACCAGCCAGACUGGGCCCAAUCAAGCGGAUGCUACCUCACCUCAAGCCAAACGACUACGUCCAACUGCCGAGCCAUGGAAACCACCUGCAUCCACUCCCGGGUAUGGUGCUUUGGGUAUCUCCACCAAAACCCCUAAAGCAGCUAGUAUAGCGCCGAGACUCCCACCAGAUACAAAGCUUUUUGUACCCCGGUCCACAUUAUUCAACUUCACCAUUUCUUCCUCUCAUCCUGUUGUCAAUCCCAAUGCACAGUCAUUCGUACCAAGAUCAACAUCAUUCACCUUUGCUUCUCCAAUACAUCCUUCGAUAAUACCGGCCGCUCCGCCCUUCGUACCCAGAGCGACAUCGUCCGACUUUAUGCCACUCGGUAAUCAACCAUCUUUUACACCCUCCGCAGCCCCAUUGAUACCUCCAUCAGCUCCUCAUGAUGUGUCACAGCUCGGUGGCAAUCAUCAGCGACAAGGCUCGGCAUAUUCUUCCUCACUCAAAGGGAAGAAGCUUCGUCCGUCUGCCUUAGCCUUCCACCCACCACAGACUUCACCUACGAAAACAAGUGGUUUCGACUUCCCAUUCCCCGAUACCAGAAACAGAGCUGCUUCUCUGACAUCGAGUAACGGUGAAAAGAUACUUCGACCUACCGCCACCACCUUUGUCCCAUCAUACGGGUCCAUCUCUUCACCCACGAAACCUAGACUGCAACCUUCGGCCAUACCCUUUGUCCCACCUGCAAGUGUUGCAUCUAGUGUUACCGUUACUUCACCAGUCAAAUCACUCGCUACCUCUCAGACACGCUCGGAAUUCGAUACAGGAGAUAGUGCAACGUCCACGAUACUGGUCACUUCGCCUAACAAGGCGGAUGUGAACGCUUCAUCCGAAUUCGAUCUGCCGACACAAGACAAUUCCGAGGAAGAUAUUGACGAAGUCCAGGAUUUGGCUAGACCACCUAGCUCCAACGAUCCUAUACUUACGCCCGCUGAAAUUGUAUUCGAGCACCAUCGACCUGAUUCAGUUGAAAGUGGUUUACAAGUGGCUCCACCGGGAAGAGGAAGAGCUGAUACAGUUGCUUUCGGUCCUUCGAGUCCGAUUGGAGACGGUACUUCUGAUCUGGAGAAAGACGAAUCAGGAUUGCAACCAGAUGAGGAUGAAGAGGAACGGAUUGGGGACAGUGUGGUCAAUUUGGAAGGGCUUUUCUUCGAGAAACCUCUUUUGACGGCCCCAAGUGUUACUGGACAUGAUGUUUUGGGAAUCAGGGAAGCGUCUCCCCGAUUGAGCGUUAGCGAGAGGAGUUCUAGAGCAUCGGAAGUUAGCCAUAGUAGCGAGAGAAGCCGAUCUAUGUCUUCCGACCGACCCCCUAGGGAUGAUCGACCAUCAAUGCGAAGGGCAGAAGAGAAUUCGUACCAUCCACUAGAUACACCUACUCUACCACUCAAAGAACCGAUCAUCCCCCUAAAGGAGAUAACCAUUCACCCUUCUCACCCUGUUCAACUCCCACUUAUACCCCGACCUCAUGUGGAAGAAGAACCUGAUGCACCUGUAUCAGCCCAUACUACAGCUUUAUCCGGCGAGGGCAGUAUCGGAUCUGAAGUCUUGGCGCAUACUGCUCGACCAUCCUUCUCAAGACCACUACCAAUGAUUCCUAACUCCAAGGAUGUUACCCCUUCUAAUGGUUCAUUUACAUUCUCUGGCCCAGCCAAGGCUGACGAGUAUACCACCCCGCCUCAAUCUACCGGAGAUACAUUUGCCUCUGCUGCGUAUAUGACAGCUGAUGGAUCGCCCUUGAUUCCAACGCGGAUCUUUGUCGAUACGGACAAUACACCCCCAAAGAGGCUUAGAAGGCCGUUACCUGAUAUACCAACUUGGAGGGAACCCAUCCCAGUUUCUACGCCAGCUCCGUCCUCUGGGAAUGCAGUUGCAGAUCCUGUAGAGAUGUUAGAGGAUUAUGGUGAAACCGAGGAGGACGGAGACGACCAAGAAUUGGUCUAUCCCAAAGUCGAUAUUGAUACUAGCAGAAGGACGAGAGGGUUCGAUAGAUCUGCUACACCAAGUCCUGAAUUACCUCCCGAAGUAAACGAAGUGGAACCUAGUCCUGAUCCUUUGACAGUGAAUAUUAAGUUCAGAGAAUGGACGUUCCCGAUAUCUUCUCCAAGUAGUACGAACGGCCCGGGACAUAACAUCAGACCAUCAAUUACCAGAAGACAUACGAUGCCUGCGGAAGAUCACUUGGACGAGCUUAUUUCUCCGCCUAUCUCAGCAGAAGCUACGAUGGGAGUUGCAUCGACGUUCGCUUCGAGAGUGAGCGAGCUGAGGGCGUACUUACGGGCGGAAGAAGAGAUUUCGAGAAGGACCUCGGUAGAGUUUCAUAUGAGGGAAGAUAAGAGGAAAUUAGGAGUGGUCAAUGUGGAUCUUGACGAUGAUGAGGACGCGCUUGGGUCCGCACGACAAGGAGGCAUGGCUGCGAAGGUUUCAGUGCAUGACGAGAGAUUGGAUGAGAUGCUAGAUUUGCUGAGGAAGCGGGAUGGUAUGCGAAAUAGAUCUAAGGAGGAUCUGGAUGGACUGAAAGAUUUGGUCGUUAGUGCUCUUCAAGAUAUCAUUUCUCAGCACCAUAUACAAAAUCACUCAGACAAGCCUGAUAUGCUUGAACGUGUGGCAUCGGUCUUGGAAGAGCACUCUCGCCUUCUCACUUCUUUGCACGAUAUCGUCAAUUUACCUCCCACACCCACAAAUCAAGAAGCUGAAGAGGCUCACGAAGAACAAUCCCAAACCCAGUCCAAAGACCUAUUUGUAGCCAUACUCACAGGUCAACAUGCGAUCCUCUCCAAAUUUGACGAAGUAGCUUCUACUCAAAUAUCCGGUUCAUCAACCUUAUCCCAGGCAAUCGAGGCAUUACAAUACACUCAACAAGCCGCCGAACAAAGAGCGAGGGAAGAAGAUAGUCAGCGUGCGAUAAUUUCAGCUUUGAGAGAGGAGAUUGAAAAUAACCGAGUAUCCAUCUCUGAGUCUCGUGCACAAGCUGAUGUGUUGAAUCAGCGUUUGAAAGAUACACGACAAGAUAGAGAUGACAUGAGAGCUCAGACUGAGGGGGUGAUGAGCCAAUUAGAAUCGAUGAGUGCGAGACAGAAUAAAAUGGAAGGUGAAUUGGAUGGAGUGGUGGCUAGGGCUUUGGCAGCUGAGUUGGAAAGAGAUGCUUUGGCGAGGAGCCUCACUGAACGUAGGGACUUGGAGGACGGAUUGAGAAGUGAACUAAGGGAAUAUCAAGAACAGCUCGAGAAGGAGCGUGAGAACUCUGAGAGAUCGAUCAAGCAGAAAGAAUCAGAGAUUAUGGAUAUGCAAUCUCAAAUUCACCACCAACUCUCCCAAAUUUCCGAACAGAAAGAAAAAAUCCAGUCUCUGGAACAGCGCUUGCUACAACACAAAGAAGAUCAAGAAGAGGCGGACAAACCGAAAUUGGCCACUGAGUCGUCCAUAAUUGAGAUGAGUCAGAAUGCCCUGACUUUCCAAGAAGAAUUGAUGAGUCGGUUGAGCAAGUUGGAUGAGAAUAUGUAUGAGACGAUGGGAAGUAGAGUGAAAGAGUAUGAGAGUGUCCUGGAUAGGAACAGGAUUUUGCAAGCUGAGGUGGACUCUUUACGUGAGAGGCUCGAAGCAUCCGCUGAUCGAUUUGCCAAACUCCAACUAUCAACUUCUAAUUCCCUUUCAGCUCAUACGGUCGCUCAACAGGCUCUAUCAGAUAAAUUGUCAGAUGAGAUCAAACGGCGCGAGAGUGCGGACACCAAGAUGGAAGAAAUGAGAAAUGAAUUAGAGAAAGUGAAAGAGGAAAAAACGAAUUGGAAUGUUAUUGCUAGUGAGAGACAAGCUAUGGCAAGAAUGCAAGAGAUCGGAUUACAAGCUUUAACUCAAGAGAAUGUAUAUUGGCGUCAAUUCGCGUUGGAACAUGAUAGAAGAAAGUUUAAGAGCUAUAUGCAAACGAAACCGUUCAAAAAUUCAGAUGGGUCUGAAUUGAUGGUCAAUUGUGAAGGCAAAGAUAAAGUGGAUGGGAAUGAGGGUACCUGGUAUGUCGAGAACAAGUGA